UCUACACGUCAUCUCGGUGUGUUGGCUGUCAGAUUUGCAGAUUGUAAUUAAUUGAUGAAAACUGAAAAUUAAUACACUAAAUCAAAAUGGUGCUUAUAGCGGCUACAGUAUGUACGAAGUCAGGAAAAGCAUUGGUGUCACGUCAAUUCGUGGAGAUGACGAAGGCACGUAUCGAAGGAUUGCUGGCUGCCUUCCCCAAGCUCAUGACUGGAGGUAGACAGCACACCUUCGUAGAAACUGAGUCUGUCAGGUAUGUGUACCAACCGCUGGACAAGCUGUACAUGCUACUCAUCACCACUAAAGCCAGUAAUAUCCUCGAGGAUUUAGAGACUUUGCGCUUGUUCAGUAGAGUGGUCCCAGAAUACUGCACUCAGCUGACAGAGGCUGAGGUACUGAACCAGGCGUUCAACCUGCUGUUUGCAUUCGACGAGAUUGUGGCUCUCGGCUACAGGGAGAGUGUCAACUUGGCACAGGUACGGUCGUUUGUGGAGAUGGACUCCCAUGAAGAGAAGAUUUACCAAGCUGUGCGUCAGACACAAGAGCGCGAGGCCGCCAACCGCAUGCGUGAGCGUGCCAAAGAGUUGCAGCGAGAGAGGUUGGAGGCAGCCAAAAGGGGCGUGCCCACACGCAGUCAGAUGUCCUUCGGAAGCAAUUACAGCAGCUCCAACAUGUCGUCAUCUGCGUCCGCUGAGCCUAUCGCUGAGAAGAUUCCUACUACGCCUGCGCGCGAAACUAGCCGGCCGGCGGGUCGGUCGGCCAUGAAGCUGGGGUCGCGCGGCACGGACACGGAGUCGUUCGUGUCGCGCCUGCGCAGCGAGGGCGACGCCGUGUCCGCGGUCGCCGCGCCCUCCGCCAAGACGGACGUCGCCAAACCACCGCCGCCUGACCAUAAGGAUGUUCACUUACGGUUUGAGGAGCGUCUCACUCUGGUGGCUGGCAGAGACGGGGACGUACAGAACUUUGAACUUAGCGGUCUGCUAACGCUGCGCAUCAGCAACGAGCAGUACGCGCGCAUACACGUCCACGUCGACAACCAGGACCCGAGGCCGCUGCAGCUACAGACCCACCCUAACGUGGACAAGGAGGCAUUCCGCGCCAACGGAGUGAUCGGACUGAAGCAGUCGCAGCGCGCCUUCCCGCUGCACAGCGACGUCGGCGUACUCAAGUGGAGGCUCAAUGCCAACGACGACAAGCUCGCACCGCUCUCCGUGAACUGCUGGCCGUCAGAGGGCGCUGGCGGCGGCUGUGACGUCAACAUCGAGUACGAACUGGAACACGACCAUCUCACACUCAGCGACGUCAAUAUACAUAUCCCACUACCUUCUGGCAACACAUCAGUGAUAGUCCACCAGUGGGAAGGUAGCUACGCGCAGAAGGGACGCACCCUUACCUGGAGCAUACCCAUCAUCAACAAACAACAGAAAUCGGGCAGCCUCGAGUUCACGGUGACGCCAGCGAUACCAAACGACUUCUUCCCUCUGACGGUGACCUGGACAUCGGACACGUCCCUCGCUCUUCUGAAGGCCACGAAGGUGACAUUUGCUGAGGACAGUACACCCGUCGACUACUCACAAGAAAUCAGCUUCCAUCCCGACAAGUAUGAGAUCGUUUAGUUCCAACUUAACUAAGUCUUAGUGUGUGCUAAAAUGACUAGAAUUUUUGUGGUGACUUGGUAAAAAAAAAAUAGUUUUGCAGGUCAAAUAUUUUGAUAUUUUAGUAUCUUUGAUGGUAUAUGUCACUAGUGUCAGCUGGGAACUCAGUUUGUCUAUUUAUAUCUAUACUUAUUAUUUUAAUGUAUAAAACUGAAGAGUUCGUUUGAACGCACUAAUGUCCGGAUUUACUAGUCCUAAUUUGGUAAUUAUUAUUGUGUUGCAUAACAUAACAACAUCACCCCUUUUAUCCUCGAAUGGGUAGGCAGAGGUGCACAUUA